GCAGGACUGCCCACUCCCGUUUCAAUAUCCCAAUCGAUCUAAAGGCCACAUCCACCUGCCACAUUACACCUGGAACUAUGCUCGCAGAGUUAAUAGAAAAGGCAGCUCUAAUCAUAUGGGAUGAGGCACCUAUGACACACAGGCAUGCUUUCGAAGCCCUCGAUAAAUCCUUAAGAGAUAUUCUUUCUUUACAUGAUCCCAAAGCCAAAACUCUCCCAUUCGGCGGAAAAACUGUUCUUCUAGGAGGUGAUUUCAGACAGAUCUUACCAGUCAUCCCACAAGGCACCAGAGCUGAAAUUGUCUCUGCCUCCAUAAGUCAUUCAUAUUUAUGGGAAUCAUGCCACAAAUUCACCCUCCAGAAGAAUAUGCGCCUCAGCGAAGAUGAGAAAGAAUUCUCCAACUACGUCCUAAGAGUUGGCGAUGGGAACCCCCUACCUACUGAGGUCAAUGAAUUUGAUGAAGAUGAAGAAGAUCAGCUCAUUUCUAUUGACCGAACGUUGGUCGAGGAGGUCAGCUCAGAUCCUCUCAAACAAAUUCUAGAAGCUACUUACGGGAGAACUGACCAGUGGAAAGGAACCAAACAAGACUAUACAGAAAGGGCUAUCCUCACACCAAGGAACGAAACGGUGGAUGAGAUCAAUGAAUACAUGAUAUCUGAAGCUGACGGUGUUUCAAAGGAAUAUCUCAGUUCCGAUAGCUUCGGUAUAAUAGACACCGACUCUGCGAACAACGAGACAUUGUACCCAGUAGAGUAUUUAAACUCACUGAGCUUUCCAGGCCUGCCUGCACAUAAGCUUACAUUGAAAGUGGGUGCCCCUUUCAUGCUCCUAAGGAAUUUAAAUCAGAAGAAGGGGUUAUGCAACGGAACACGUCUGAUUGUCACUUACCUAGGUGAGCGUGUUAUUAGAGGUGAAAUAGUUACAGGCUCCCAUAUUGGACAUAAAGUGGACCUUCCAAGAAUCAUACUAUCGGAAUCAGUAACUAAACAUCCGUUCACUCUAGAAAGGCGGCAAUUUCCGAUCAGGCUAUGUUACGCAAUGACAAUUAACAAAAGUCAGGGUCAGAGUUUGAAAGGUGUCGUACUGUAUUUGCCCAAGCCCGUUUUCACCCAUGGGCAGCUCUAUGUUGGUCUUUCCCGAGUUACUACCAAGUCAGGCCUCAAAAUUAUACAAGGAAAGGAUCAAAAGAUAGGAAGGGUCAAAAACAUUGUCUACAAAGAAAUAUACAACUGUUUACCAGAAUCACGAUCCGAUGAUCACCCAGAGCAGGAUUCCCAGAAUCUUCAACAACUUCCUUUACCAUAAGAUGCAAGCUACCAGUAAGUCUUCCGGUCUGAAACUCUUCAAACCCAAUAAUGAACCUGUGCUAACAAAAUUGUUUUAAUCUAUAGGUCCGCCCGCAAUAGAAAGUGGCCGCCCUACAAGACCAUCCACAAUAACCCUACAAGCCAUCGUCUACGGCUUAUCUUAUUUUAUUUCUUUUUCGUUACCUACCAAUUACUAUUUCCUUCAGAGAAUUACUUAUUUCAACUGUCGAACUAUUUUCUUUUGCAUUUUCUAUUAUUUCAGACAAUUUUAAUUUAAAUUGUUUUCUAUAACAAUGUGCGAACUAAAUUAGUACGUCCAAGAUAACAAAACCUCCUCAUUUCACAUAGUCCCUGUAAAUUACUAAAAAUAACUAAAUUACACUUUCAAACACACCAAACUAAUUUACUACUACCACCUAUAAUUAUUGCCCGGCCUACUUAAAAUUUUUUAAAAACCAUGACAAUACUUAAAAAAAAAAACACACCCUAACUAUGUUCACUUCAAAAAAAUUUAAAAAAAAUUGAUCAAAAAAAAAUAAUUCUCAUCCUUAUCUAUGCAGCACAUCCAGCACAAGAUCAAAGCAACUGGAGCAACACCCUCAGACCUCAUCCAAUAAUCGUUAGGAUCCUUAGGGUCUGGCCCAUCACAAAUCACAAAAAUAAAGAUGCUUUCCUAGGAACAACUUUCAUCUGUCUUGACAUCCAGGUUUGUCUAAAUUUCAUAUUUUCAAUUAUUCCAACUAUAUUUCAAAUAAUUGCUUCUAACCACUCAACAGGAACAAAAAAUGGAGGGGAGGGUGCCUACUUCUACGUCUGACACAAUGUACCAACGCUUCGAGGAAGGGAAAAUUUAUCACAUUAGUUAUUUUAAUCUCCUCCCCAAUAACCAACGUUACAGGCUUACCGAUCAACCAUACAUAAUCAAUAUCAAAGAAACAACAACUAUUACACUGAUUCAAGAAAACAUUCCACCGAUCCCUUCAUACAUAUUCCACCCCCAACGCUACACCCAGUUGUUCAGCUCAGCAAGUGAAACCGGCUUCCUA